CAAGAGACUCAGAGAGUCCUUACUUUUUCUUUUUCCCUUAUUUCCUUUCACUAACUUUGCAAUACACGGUGCUGGUAAUUUUUCAUUUUACUCAUAAUUUUGCAAGGGAAAAAGGACAAAAACGAUAGAUAGAUAAUUAAAUAAAAGUGGCGUUAGGUGCGUAGGUUGAGUUUUUUUUCUCCGCCACCCGAAAUUCAACAGAGUAAGGGAGAAACCCUAGCGCACCCACAAAGUUACAAACACAAACCAAUUCGAGAUUAUGAGAAUCUUCUGGAAGAAACAGGAGCAUCACUAGAUGCAGAGAACCACCGUUCUUCAUCUUCUUCAUUCACCAUCGCCAAUCCAACCCAGUCAUGGCGGAUCUUCUUCCGCCGGAGGUCAUCACCGACAUACUCUCCCGGUUACCGGUACACUCCCUAAUCCGCUUCCGAUGCACGUGCAAGUCAUGGCGCUCCCUCAUCGACAGCACUCACUUCAUCCUCCUCCACCUUCGCACCUCCCUCAGCUCCCACUCCCACUCCACUCUAGUUCUCCGCCGUGACUCCGAACUCUACCAGGUCAAUCUCGGAACCCUAGACAGGGCAAUCGAGCUCAACCACCCGCUCAUGUGCUACAGCAACAGCAUCAAGGUCCUCGGUUCCUGCAACGGCCUCCUAUGCCUCUGCAACGUCGCCGAAGACAUCGCUCUCUGGAACCCUAACAUUAGGAAGCAUCGCCUCCUCCCUUACCUUCCCGCGGAACGACGAGAGCGUGACACCACGCUCUUUGCAGCGCGCGUCUACGGAUUCGGCUACGAUUCCUUCAGCGAAGAUUACAAAUUGGUGAGGAUUUCGUAUUUCGUUGACCUGCACAGUCGCACUUUCUAUUCUCACGUGAAGCUUUACAGCUUGAGAGUCGAUUCCUGGAAGAGCCUCCCAAACAUGCCCUAUGGCCUCUGCUGCGCGCGUACGAUGGGGGUUUUCGUCGGUGGCGCGUUGCACUGGGUCGUGACUAGGAAACUCGAACCGGAUCAGCCCGAUUUGAUUGUCGCCUUCGAUCUGAGAUUGGAGAGUUUCAGUGAAGUUCCGCUGCCGGAAACUGGAAAUGUUAAUGGGAACUUCGAGAUGGAUGUGUCGCUCUUGGGAGGGUGCCUCUGCAUGGUGGAACAUCGUGGGAGUACGAGGAUUGAUGUCUGGGUAAUGGAGGAGUAUGGAUCGGUGGAUUCUUGGUGCAAACUGUUCAGCUUGACGGAGCAUCAUAACUUGAGAUCGUUGAAAUCUGUGAAGCCAUUGGCUUACUCGGGUGAUGGUGACAGGGUUCUGAUGGAACACGACCACAAGAAGCUAUGCUGGUAUAGCCUCAAAGACAAGGUGGUUAGUGAAGCUAAAAUACCGGGAAUGCCCCAUUUGAUUGAAGCGACCGUUUAUGUGGGAACCCUUGUCCCACCAACUUUACUAAUUAAAAGUGAUGGCGGCGCUAAGCAGAAACAUGGAGACGACAAGGGCAGGCGGAGAAGGGAUGACUUCCUGUCACAAGGAUUCAAAUUGACUCUGUAAGCAAGAAAAAGAAGGGCAAGGUAUGCGGCCAAAACCGGCUGAUGAUCUGGAAUGAUACCUUCUUGAGUGAGUAUAUGGCUCACGGGGAAGAGUGAAAAUGAUGAGUAACAAAACACACGCUGUUUGUUGUUAAUAUUGAAGACUGUACCUUUUAUUUUCUCGGGCUUGAAGGUUUUAAGUGAAGUUCUCCAUAUCAGAGUAUGUAAGAUCAAAAGAAGGAUGACUAAAGAACAUAUACUGGGUGGAUUUUGCUUCAUUCUGUUGGUUUUUUUCUCUGCAGGGUAAGUCCAGCAGUUGGCAGAUGGAGUCUCUUCAUCACCUGUUAACAUUAAUACACCGUAAAUGCGCCAUCUCUCCUUUGUUGUAAUAAAUUUUAAGUUUGAAACAUGUCACUGCCUCAUCGGUUGGUUUAUACAUACAUGUAUGUGUUUUAAUGGUUGUAGCACCCUUUAAAUCUUUAAUAUAAGCCACUGUAAUCUUAACUCUUGUUAUUCAGUUUUCUCUUGUUCUCUUUUGUA